CGACCUUUUCCGGUACUAAAUUGAAUCUAUUUGGGGGAACAACAUUGGAAGAUAAAAGGCGUCAUUUUGUAAGAAUUUUUGUCCGGAAGAAGUGCCUGGUGGUCCACCCAGUGCAGAUACCAAGACCGAAGUUUCGAUUGUCUUCAAUACGAGUCAGGUAGAGUUGCUGCCCUAGUGCUGCUGAAUCGUGUGACUGAGAUAUUGAUAAGGGCUGACGACCGAGUGAGAAAGUCGAGUUCCUUUCGCCCGCCGUCAGCACGUUCCAUCUUAUCAAUAGUAACUAAACUCCGCUGCCACGGUUUGUUUCAUACUGUGUCUGCGGCGGAAUCAACUUGGUUUCUAAGCCAUCGGAUCUGGGAAGCGCCAAUACGCCGUGUCUGUCAUUGCAGUCCCUAUUUUAGGCUAUGGGCUUAUUAUAAGAACUCUUCGCGGGCGCCGGUAAGGCGAAUUCGGGAAUAUUUCGUUCUUGACAGUGGGAGAUUACCAUGUGGUAGAGCCGUCAGGGCUCCGAAUAUCCAUGCUGCAUUGGAUUUAGCAGUAUAUUUCUCCGCAUAAGGAUAUUCAUUCAGUACCGGCGGUAUCAAUCACGGUUGGAUGAUCGCGUGACUGUAAUGCCAGCCUCAAAAAUAUUCAAUCUCCUCACAUCCAUAUCAGUCGCUGAGUGCUAUCAGCGCCUUUCGGACGGUACCCUGUGAAUUCGAACUUCUCAAGUGACGCGACCUGGACGGAUGAUCUGUCAAGCAUCUAUCUCACACUUCUUCCAGUCUUCAUCGCAGGAGCGCAGCGCUUUUCUGAUUCAUGAGAAGGAACGCAGACUAGCUCGGUGCCCAGUGCCACAUGACAGGUUGCACGUUAUGCGGCGUAUCUGACCAAUGGACUCGCAUCAUCCUUCUCCCCGAUUCAAUUUAAAAAGCUUGGAGCCCACCCUGUAAACUUCGCUAUUGGCAGAUUCCUCACAUGGCUCCCUACGAUAUCAUCUUUGCUGGCGGCGGGACGGCAGCGUGCAUCAUCGCCGGGCGACUGGCUGCGGCGGACCCGACCCUGAAGAUCCUGAUCCUGGAGGCCGGGAAGCACACCAAGGACGUCAAGACGCACCAGCAGCCAGGGCGCUACUUUGCGAAUCUGGUGGGGGGCGGAGACAGCUUCACCUACCACGACACGGUUCCCAGCAAGGCGUUGGGGAACCGCCCGUAUCUGCUGCCCUCCGCCAAGGCGAUGGGUGGAGGAAGCAGUGUGAACUUCAUGAUCUACACGCGCGCUUCGCCUUCCGAUUACGAUGACUGGCGCGAUCUGGGCAACCCGGGGUGGGGUGCUGAGGACCUAACUCCGCUUUCGAACAAGGCAGAGUCGUACGAAGAUACUGCGGCCGCCAACCACGGCACGUCGGGGCCCAUCAAGGUCUCGACGGUAGAGCACACGGGGAUUCGGAUCGGGACGCAGUUCCUGGAUGUUGCCACUGCGCGUGAUCCGGAGCGUGGAACGACAGACGACACCAACUCGCUCACGGUUGACGCGAUCAACAAAUACGGGCGCUGGAACCGGUACAUGUCGCCGCAGACGGGCCACCGAUCGGACGUCGCGCACCAUUACAUCUAUAAUCAGCUGGACCAGAACAAGAACCUCGAGGUCCGAGCGCACUGUCGUGUCAAGCGGGUGAUCAUCGAAGGUGACAAAGCUGUCGGAGUGGAGUACAUCAGCCAUGCACCGGGUGACCCAAACGCCGACGUCGUCGUGUCGGCGUUUGGAUCCCUCAUCGUCGUGGCUGGAGGUGCGUUUGGAUCCCCAGCGAUUCUUGAGCGCUCGGGCAUCGGUGCACCCGCGCUGCUCAAGUCCCUCGACAUCCCAGAGGUCGUCGCGCUUCCCGGCGUGGGAGAGAACUAUAACGACCACAACCGGCUGUUGAACGCCUAUCACACGUCGGACGACGAGGUCACCAUGGACAAGAUCUUCCGGGGAUUGGACAGCGAUAUCAAGCCCUUCGAGGACCAGUUCCUGGCGCAAGGGAAGGGGAUGAUGGCCCACAACGGCGUUGAUGCUGGGAUCAAGAUUCGACCGAACGCGAAGGACUUGGAGUCUCUCGGCCCGGCCUUUGCCGACCGCUGGGCGAAUUUCUUCGCGAACAACCCCGACAAGCCAGGUGUGUGCGCAAUAAGAGGUCUUCGGGGUCACGUGCUGAGGGGUCCAAGUGAUGUGGAUGGGGCCGCUUGCCGGAUACUGCGGAGAAAAUCCCAAUGUAGGCCAGGGCAACUUCUACGCGGUGGGAUACUACACGGUCAGUUUCUCUCAAGGGACAGAAGCUCCUCGCCACUGACCUGCCGAAGCAAUACCCCUCGUCGACCGGACGGACGCACAUUGUCUCGUCCGACCCGUACACCCCGCUGGCGAUCGAGCCCGGUUUCCUCAACACCGACGACGACGUGGCCGUGCUCCGGUGGUCGUACAAGUGGACCCGCGAAAUCUCCCGGCGCAUGGACGGGUACCGCGGCGAGUUCGCCCCGGACCACCCGCAGUUUGCGGAGGACAGCCCCGCGGUGUGCGUGCGGACGGUAGGGCCCGUCGCGCUUGACGCGCCGGAUAUCGUGUAUUCGGCAGCAGACGAUGAGGCGAUCGACACCUUCCAUCGCGCCUUCGUGGGUACCACGUGGCACUCGCUCGGCACGUGCGCGAUGAAACCACGGGACCAGAACGGCGUGGUCGACUCGCGGCUGAAUGUUUACGGCGUGAAGAACCUGAAAGUGGCCGACAUGAGUAUCGUGCCGACGAAUGUGUCCGCGAACACGUACAACACUGCGCUGAUCGUCGGGGAGAAGGCGGCGCUGAUCUUCGCCGAGGAAUUGGGGAUCAAGGGCGUCUAGAUCGAGGCUUCUAUUGGACAGGGAGAAUUGGCAACUACUUGUACUUUUAUGUGCCAAAGUGUACAAUUUGGGUAGAAUGGUCAUACAUCGCGAGGAUUGAGAGCUUUGCUUGCUCGAAUUUGCGUUGGUCGCUUGAGGCUGCGUUGAUUCAACUUCGAUGUCUGCCCCAGGAGACGCC